AGCUAUCAAAACUACGGAGUCGAUCCUCACUAACCUUAACCUUCAACCUGUUCCUAUGCUCGAUUUUGAUAAGGGUGAUCCCACCAUGUACGAGGCCUAUUGGAAAUCAGUUGGCGAUGAUUUCAAAAUCACUCUCCCUGCAUCCAUAUUACUCAGCUAUUUCACCAACCCCAAGAGCUUCUGCUGGUAUGCGCUCCCUAAACUCGAGCAAGAAAUCAAAAAUCUCCACAAUUUGGUCGGAAACGCAGUUGUGGAAGGUCGCCACAUCGUGGUGGGGAACGGCUCGAGCCAGCUCAUCCAAGCAGCCCUUUACGCCCUCACUGAACCCCUUGACCUCCCAAGCCCCAUCAACGUCGUGUCCGCGGCUCCCUUCUACUCCUGUUAUCCGCAGAUAUCAGACUAUGUGAGAUCAGGGCUAUUUAAGUGGGGUGGUGAUGCUCAUGUUUACAUCGACCAUGAUAGUCAGCCUUACAUCGAGAUGGUCACUUCCCCCAACAAUCCUGAUGGGGAACUAAGGGGCCCUGUUGUGAAUAAGGUCAAUGGCAUGCUCGUUCAUGACCUUGCAUACUACUGGCCUCAGUACACGGCCAUCACGGAUCCGGCUGAUCACGAUAUUAUGCUCUUCACCGUCUCCAAAUGUACAGGACACGCGGGGUCAAGGAUCGGAUGGGCGAUAGUGAAGGACUUGGAUGUGGCAAAGCGGAUGGUGAAGUUCAUGGAGAUCAGCACCAUUGGGGUGUCCAAGGAAGCUCAACUCAGAGCUAUCAGUAUCUUGGAGAUGAUCUCUACCAAUAGCUGCCCGAGUAAUUUCUUCGAGUUCGGGCAGUUUGUUAUGGCUGAGCGAUGGAAGAAGCUGAGAGAAGCUCUUCAGGGAAUUGAUGUCUUGCAAAUUCCCAAUUUCCCUCCUCAACACUGCAACUUCAAAACCGACUUUCUUCAUUGCACUCCAGCUUACGCAUGGAUGAAGGCCCAAGUGGGCAUCAAUCUGGAGGAGGUGAUGCAGGAGGAGAGUAUUCGAGUGCGAGGAGGCAAGACUUUCGGGUGCCCUAGCAACUAUGCUAGGCUUAGUAUGUUGGGCAGGGAUAAUGACUUUGAUCUUCUUUUGAAGAGGCUUCCCUCUAUUCUUAAACGCUUAGCUCAUUGAACCCUUUGUUCAUCCCUAUCAUCACUCUCCGGUCUUGUCCCCUCUUUGUACUUCAUGCAACGCCAACACUCUUGAAAUAUUUCUUCUUUUGAACAUUUGGGUAGAAUUUUUGCUCCAUAUGCAUCUGCUUGAUC